UCACAGCCACUACGUAGUUCCGGCUGUGGGCGGGGAUUGUGGAAUUGCCUACGCUGGCACCUCAGAGAAUCCUAUUUAUUACUCACACACCCUGCGAGCCAGGUGAUCGCUGUCCCGGGGUCUCAUCACUCCCCCCAUAUCCCGGUAUCCAUCCGCUUCACAGCAGCCAUGGUUGCCAAGCAGAGAAUCCGAAUGGCGAAUGAGAAACACAGCAAGAACAUCACACAGAGAGGCAACGUGGCCAAAACCGCGAGGAACGCCACAGAUGAGAAGUCAUCGGUAGGUCCCUGGUUACUGGCCCUCUUCAUCUUCGUGGUCUGCGGAUCUGCAAUCUUCCAGAUCAUCCAGAGCAUCAGGAUGGGCAUGUAAAGUCUGCCUGCCAAUGGCUUUUGUUCUCCUGUGAAGUAUAACAUGAACUCUGUCACUUUUUUUUUUUUUCUGUUGAUCGGAACAAGGAAAAA